CGUAGAUAACGUAGCUGCUGGUAGCUGCUGUAGCUGGUUGCCAACUGCGCCGUCACCGUCCAUGAUAUGGAGCUGACCAUUUUGGACUAUGUGGGUUUACCGGAAGGCAGCAUCCUUUCAGUGCGCUCUGGUCCAACCCGCCGGCAAAGUCCGUUGCCGUGCUCUGCACCUUUCAGGCUCCCUCCAGGACCUUGGCCGCUGCGGAUUGAUGUGCUGGGCCUUCUUGGGAAGACCAACAAUGCGAUUUUGGGAGAGGUUCUUGAAGAAAGAGGUCUUUGCAAGCUGCCUUUGGAAGGGAAAGAUGGCAGGCCCAUGAGCGUGACCUUCCAAAUUGGUUCCAGGAUUGGAUUGGCUUCUCUCUCACCUGAGCGAAGGCAUCACUCAAUGCACGAAGGACUGUCCAAUGGUGCAGGCCGCGAAGACCCGCUUCCAGUGAAACGUGACGCCGAAGCCGAUGCGCGGGCUUACCUGGAUUUGCAUCGGCUGCGUGAGUUCAUGCAUGGCCUCUUCGAGCUCCUGCUCCGGGAGCGCCCGGAGGACCCCUAUGCCUUCAUGGCGAAGCGCUUCCGUCAGGCUGCGGUCAUGGAGUCACAGUCCGCAGAGGCUUCGAGAAGUUCCAUUUCAACUGCCACGCCCAGCGGUUCCACACUGUCGUCCAUGUCGCCGAGUCGAGAAUCUCUGGCGGAAAGCUUUGGCCAAGUGCCAGAAGGCUCUUACAAGGCCGUGUUUCGAUCCCUCCGCGGCCGCGAUGUGGCCCGACUGGUGAUCUCUCCAGGUGAACAGGUCGGGUCGGUCAAAUCCCGCCUGGAAAGCGCAACAUCGACUCCUUCUUCAGCGAUCCAACUCUUCUGGCUUGGCGAGCCGCUUCCCAACCAUUCGACCCUGGAGGAGUGGUUUGUAGAUUCUGGGCUGGUCGUGCUGCAGAUUGUGUGCUCUCAGCGUGAUGCCCGAGUGCAACACGUGAUCACCGGCGCCAGUGAAGGCAUGAGACUUUGGAACCUGGGUGAUGCGGAGCAGGUAAAGGAAUUCCCAGUGAGAAGUUCCGUGUUGGCCAUCUCCGUCGACUGGAAAACAAUGCGUAUUGCAUGUACGACCUUUGACGGGAAACUGCAGCUCUGGGACACCAGUGGUUGUAGCAAGAGCAUCGUCGCUCAUUCGGAGGAGGCGUGCUGCCUUCAGGUUGAGUGGUCUUCUGAUGAGGCCUUGACCGGGAGCUCUGACAGUGUGAAGUUUUGGUGUCUCAAGGCCUUUCGCUGCAAAGGCCUUUUGAAAACGACCGUCGUAGACUCACUCUCUGUGGACUGGCCCGGCCGAAGGGCCUAUGUGGGCCUCCGCACUGGUGUGGUGCGUCUUUGGGAUUUGGCAUCCUUGGAGGUGAUUUGCGACUUUGAAGGGGGCGCGAUGGCUGCCAAGGAGGCUGGCACUGCAGUCAGUGGCAUGGCGAUUGAUUGCAUCGGACGAAGAGCUGUGAGUGGUUUUGAGGAUGGACACCUGGCUUACUGGCACUUUGAACCGCCAGGGCGUGUGGAGGAGUUUUCCUCACCUGGCGAGGUUUCGAAGACCAAGGUGUUGCUGGCGCAUUUCACGGCCUUGCGGAGCAUCGUGGCGCAGUGGAGCGAGGACAGCCGCGCCUUGGUUGGCUCAGAUGAUGGCAGCCUUUCCCUUUGGCGCUUGGACUCCUCCGAAUGCUUGGUGAGGUUUGCUCGGCACGUGGGCUUUGUUUGGGCCAUUCAUGCUGAUUGGGCAAAGGAGCGUGCUGUAUCUGGUGCUUUUGAUGGUUGUUUGAAGCUUUGGGACCUCCGAACAGGCGAGUGUUUGCGGACCAUUCAAGGUCACUCGCGCCCAAUUAGGAGCAUUUGCUGCGGCUGAGCGUGGGACAGUGCUUUCCAUAGCUUUUCCAAAUUAGGUGACACUGAGCUGAGUUGAGCAAGACCCUACUUGAUUGAAAAAAUUGCCCAUUUUUGGUAGGUUUUGAUUGUUUCAGGUAUUUUUUGGUUUUCGGA